AUGCUGGAUAAGCACAAGAGCAUCCUGACGCUGCGCGAGCAGCAGUGCAGCUCAGAGCGCGUGGAGCCGCGGCGCGGCCGUGCGCCCGUGGCGGCGCACGUCGCGCACGCGCACCACAACCUCGUGCUCGACUCGCUCUUCCCGCACGAGGACGAGGCACGAAAAAUUUUGAGAAGUCAGAGAAGAGGAGCUACUCUUGCUUUGACAAGUCUAACGAAACACUUUGGUAAUGAAUUACCUCAGAAAUUAAACUACUAA